GGCAGGUUCUCAGGCCACAGGCAUCCUAACGUCCCAGCUAAAGACAGCCAAUGGCUUGGUAAGUGGGGCGGGCUUAGAAAUGUCGACUCCGCCCCUUAGCGGUGCUGGUCAACUCAAUUCACAGGAGUUUCAAGGUUUAUUCAUUAACCAACACGUCAACUAUGCGCAGCCCGCGGUCACUGGACAGAAUUUGCAGAUUGUCAAAAGAGAGCCGGAAGACUUGAGUCACCAUCGAAAGUUGGAUUGUAGUUCUCCUAGUUCGGGCAGUCUUGAUGGCUCCAUAAUCAUUACAAAACAGUCCCGACCAAAGGUCGUUCUGGUAUCAUCCACCGGUUGCCAAUCCGGAGACCUGGUGGUGGACGUGAACACUAUCAAAGACGAGAGUCAUCACGGCCUCAGCUCCCCCCAGCACGGCUCGCGGUCUAUCAACGGAACACCAAGCUCGACGCACAGCAGCCUUCCAGCGGAUGGUUCAAAUACUGGGCCCAUCGAGUUCAUCUCUGCGAAUGGCCUCAAACCAGCCAUGUACACAACGCAAAUAUUCGCCCCCAUGAGUAAUGCACCACACAGCAGCGGUAGUGGAACUCCUUCACCGACACCUUACACGGAUCAUGUUCAAUACAGUACGCAAAGUUCGAUUGGUGGUGGAAGUGCCGGCGGUAACACAACAGUUUACUCUUCUACCGGUAGACCUAGUAGUUCAUCUGCUUUUUCCGUAUCAGAUCCGUACUAUCGCGAAUAUUUCACCACCAUUGCUUCCGGGGCCGGUACCCCGGAUCCCGUUUAUACUACGCAGCUGAGGCAAAAUCAACUGGGAUAUGGAGAAGAAGCCGCUAGUGGUGGUGCAACAGCAAGUUUUGUGGAAAGAUACGUUCGUCAAUCCGUAUAUCACGGGAAAGGGGUGAUAGCAGCUGCUACCGCUGCUGGACUGACCGUAGAUCUUCCGAGUCCAGAUAGUGGAAUAGGUGCCGAUGUUAUCACGCCCCGCGACCAGAGUACGCUGCAGCAGUCUUUCGACUACACGGAACUGUGCCAAACGAACCCAACAUUAUUGGAUCCUUUAUCUCUUUCCCAAAGAAAUGGUAGUAACUCCCAAUCACCAGGAGCACAACCAACCAGCCGAAGUCGACCCUGGCAUGACUUUGGCAGGCAGAACGACGCGGACAAAAUACAAAUUCCAAAAACAUUUUCACCAGUUGGCUUCAAGUACCACUUAGAGACACCGAUUUCAACGUCACAGAGGCGGGAAGAUGACAGGAUCACUUAUAUCAAUAAAGGGCAGUUUUAUGGUAUAACACUGGAAUAUAUACCAGAUCCAGAAAAACAACUCAAAUCACAAACUGUUAAGAGUAUUGUUAUGCUGAUGUUUCGAGAAGAGAAGAGCCCCGAAGAUGAAAUUAAAGCUUGGCAAUUUUGGCAUGGGAGACAGCAUUCUGUCAAACAAAGAAUACUGGAUGCAGAUACAAAAAACAGUGUAGGAUUAGUUGGAUCAAUUGAAGAAGUAGCUCAUAAUGCAAUUGCAGUGUAUUGGAAUCCAAUGGAGAGUCCAGCUAAGAUAAAUAUUGCGGUACAAUGUUUGAGUACAGAUUUCAGCAGUCAGAAAGGAGUUAAAGGUCUACCUCUCCAUUUACAAAUAGACACUUAUGAAGAUCCUCGAGAUGCAAGUGUAUUCCACAGGGGUUAUUGUCAGAUAAAAGUGUUCUGUGAUAAGGGUGCGGAGCGUAAAACAAGAGAUGAGGAGCGAAGAGCAGCCAAAAGGAAAAUGACCGCAACUGGAAGAAAAAAACUGGAUGAAUUGUAUCAUCCUAUGUGUGAAAGAUCAGAAUUUUAUGCAAUGAGUGAUUUAUCAAAACCACCAGUACUGUUUUCUCCAGCCGAGGACAUUGAUAAAUUUGUUCCACAGCUCACUUCAAUGGAACUGCAAGGAUUCUAUUCGCAUGAAGAUGGUUCUUUAGGAGGAACAGUUGAUCAUGGCAAGACUGGGUCACCUUUUCUCUUACAUACAGCGCCGAAACCUCCAAAUACACCUACUUUGAAAUUUCAUAAUCAUUUUCCACCGGACACUGAUAAAAAGGACAAUAGUUUAUUGGAUAGUAGUUUAUCGUCUGAUGGAAAUGUCUUCUCUCCGCCGCUGAAGAGAACUAAACUGAUGAGUAUUGGUUCAAGCAGCACUUUGCCUCCUCCCCUCAAUGAAAGAGUAAUGCUUUAUGUUCGCCAAGAAAAUGAAGAAGUUUAUACGCCUUUACAUGUUGUGCCUCCCACUACAACUGGACUCCUGGAUGCUAUUGAGAAUAAGUACAAAAUAAGCGCUUCGAGCAUAAAUAACUUGUAUCGCAAAAACAAAAAAGGCAUUAUAGCCAAGAUUGAUGAUGAUAUGCUAGCUUAUUACUGCAACGAAGAUCUGUUCAUAUUUGAAUUGAAAGCAGUAGAUGAAGAUCUUUUCGACAUAACUUUUGUGGAACUCAUGGACCACUAAAACAGCCAUUGAUAGAUAUUAUCUCACUUACUUUAUCAUUUAUCAUUUUUGUUGUGAUUUGUUUUGAAACGAAGUAAUUUUAAGAGCGUGUUGAUUAGAACUUUAUUAUUUGUUUAUAGUGUUUAGAAUGUUGAUUUUACGAGUAAUUUUUCAAUAAUUUUAAUCCAUCUAAGUUAUUGUUAGUUCUUGUUUUUAUGUUUAUUAAGUAUAUAUGAUCACGUUUCUAUUUUAAAAAUAUUGAUGAGAUCAUCAACAUUCAAUGUAAUUUUAAUGUUAUAAAUGCCAGGUUAGGUGGCAAUGGUUUUGUUUCUGCAGAUUUAAAUAUUUUUAUUGAAAUUAGUUACUAUAAUGAUAAAGAUGGUCGCCAUUGAUCUCAAAAUUAAAGCGUGGAACUGAUCGGAACACAGUAUGUACGGAACCACUUUUCUUAUAUCUUGGGAUGGAAUCAAGGUGAUUUUUCAUUGUAAAUAUCUUUAGACUUGUAAAUAGUGACCAGCCAUGACUAAAAUGUACGUAAUGUAGGUGCAUUGUGAUAAGAACUAUUCAUAAAAUACAUUCCAAUAAUAAUUUUAUAUAAAAUCUUAGU